CCGGCAUUUGAGACUUUAUGAAAAUGGAAACCUAAUCUGAUCCCGCGAUGUAUAAUUAAAUUAUUUGUCACACGAGUCUUGGAAACUAAUUUUAAAUACAUUUUAGGUUGGAACUGCAUUCGAAGAUCUAUGUUCACUCUCAGAAAUGGAAGCAUUAGUAAUCGAUACCGAAGCCUGGUAUGAAGAUGCAAAUACAAAUUUACGAUCUUUGAAGCGUGAUGUUGGACAGUGCAUAACUGAGAGCGCUAGUUAUGAGAAAACCAUGUGGGAGAGAAUAGAAACGGAACUCAAAGAAAUUAAUGUGGAGAGUCUUGGAUUCGAUCAUCCGAUUUGUUCAGGUGUUCUAGAUAUCAAGUCAGAACCCUUUACAAAUAUGCCUGGGUCAGUUUCUGAUAUUUUUAAGGAGCCAUUUCGAAGAUAUAAGUUAGAACAGAAUCAUGAUGUAAUGGAAGCCUGUAAAGAAUUUAUCCGGAAUGAGGAAUCUAAAAUUAAUAUGGAUGAUGAUUUGGGCAAUAUUAAUUAUGGAGAAUGGUUGGAUAAAACCGAAGAAUUACAUGAUUUAACAAAACGAAUGUUAGAAUCAAUGCUCAAAAUUUGGAAAUCGCCAAAAUACGAAGCAUAUAUAAAGAAGGAAAAAUCGAUAAAUGAAGGAUCAUAUGUUUGCGAAGUUCUCGCUCCAUUGAUAAAUAUAGUGAUGAGUGAUUUACCAGGAAAACCAACAGCGUGGGACAUAUGGGGCGAAGAAGGGAGUUCAGCUAGUGCUACACGAAAAGGUUCUCGUAAAAUUGCCCGAAGAGCUGAUUAUAUGAUGGUAGCCCAGUUAGGAAAAAAAGCUGAACUUGAAAUUGUUUAUCUUGAGACCGGUAGACCUAAUUCCAGUCAGGAUAAGCGGGUUCGUGAUCACAAAAAAUUAAUCCGUUUUUCCAAGGAUUCUAUAGACACUACGAGAAACAUAAAAAACCUUAAAAAGAUAUUUAACCAAUCAUCAAAGAGGCAGAAUCUGACCAUAUUUACUAUUAACAUUGCAGGCGAUGUUAUAGAACUUUAUGCUAUGCGAAAAGAAUCGGGAAUUUACAAGUACUGUUUAAUAGAGGAGGCAACAAUUCCGUUGCACAUGACUUCACCAAGUGCUGUAUAUCCGCUUAUCCAUACUUUAUUGACAUUGAGAACGGUUGUAGCGUGUACAAUUCACAAAAUAUUAUAUAAUCCUGACUCGGGGGAUAGUGACCAUAGUUCUAGUGAAAUGGUAGUAACAGUUUCGACCCCCAAAAAUUCAUAGAAUAGAGAUUUCAUACAUGUAAUUUUUAUUAAGUUAUAUUAUUAAUAAAGCAGUGUAUUAGAUAAUAAAAAAAAAUCUUGGCAUUUUCCGAGACAUUAUGUCC